AUGCCUUGGAAUAUUGUUCACUCUGCUUCUUUCUUCAAUCGAUCAGUGGCAUGCAUUUUUGCUCUCGGGAACACUUUGGCAUGGGCCAAGCCAGCCUUUGAGGGCCUAGAAGAAAGUUAUCUAUUCGGUUCCGAUCUUCAUUCAAGCCAAGGAGAUCUUUACGACGUGGUCUACCGGAAGCGUCCUUCGGCAAAUCACCAGACCCCCCAUCAACCAGACUUUUCCGGCGGUGGUGCCCAUUGGAUCGACCUUGGCGCCCAUAAUAACUAUCAAGCAGUGAAUCCUGAAGACAAUGUGAUUUCAAUUGUUGCUAAAAGGCCAAAGACAGUUCAACUUGGCCAUGGUGGUUUCCAUCCGCAGUCGAAUCUCGGCCUGAAUGCUUUAUAUCCUGGCGUCAAUCAAGACAGAAUGUUCCCAGAGAUGGUAUCUAAAGGAGCACAAGGUCUUCAUCGAUCAAGCCAAGACUUUUACCAACUUGCGAGCUUUCCUACCGACCCAACUUCGCUAACCUCAUUCUUUCCAUCUAAUGAUCUACCAUCCCACUCAUUUCUGCGGAAAGAAAUGUUCUUUACUCCCGAAAAAGAACAUUCAAAUGAACCCACACCAGAGUCUAUGUUUGAAUCUAUGCCGCAGCGUGAAAUGGGUCCUGAAGAUGAUGAUCUCAAGAUAUCUCGCCUGUUCAAACAGUUACAGUCCCCUGAAUUUGCAAGCUUCGCUGCUCAAAAAUCAUCAUCCCUUUCAGAUCACGUCCAAGUACUCUCGAAAUUCCCCCAACCAAAACCAGAUGCUGAAAAAUGUCAAGCACAUUUUCAAGACCAUCCGCCAAUCCAAUACCGACCACAUGCUGGCAAAGGUCAUGAAGUCCACCAUUCUGAGGAGCAAGCAAAGGAACAUCCCAGAAAUCAAGAAUCGCGCGACUCUUGGGAUUUAGGACCGCAAGCUCUAGGUAGCUCGCACGCCCACUCCCGCAGCGAAUCUAGUCAAUCGAACGAGAAUCGUCGGUUCUCGUCGAAGGAGUCGCUAGAGGAAGACCAGGCCGAAGAUCCCAACGAGUCUCUUCAAGCUCACGACGCAGAUCAGAGCGAAAAUGUGGACGUAACCACACGGUCAAUUAUUCCUAAAAAACCCGGUUUCCUAUCUAAAAGGUUGGAAUUGAUCAUCAACUUCCUACCAGCAAUCCAAGCCGAGGAAAUAUCCAAAAAACUACCAAACUUUUUGCACUUUUUGUCGACUUAA